AUGAAGCAGGUAAUUCUAGGAGAUGUUAACCUACCAUACAAGUUCUCACUAGACAGAAAUAAAAAUAAGUUAUUUUUUUGUAUCAACGCUGACGAGUUUUCGGAUCAAAGUUUUCAUUCUGUAGUUUUAGAUUUGGAUACAGGCUUUGCAACUGUCAUACCCAGUAUUCGAAAUGGUUUUGCAAGUGCUGUUAAUAACGACACUAGUGUUGUUUAUCUCGGAGGUAGUGAUGGAAUUUACAAGUACAACUAUUCCAUAGAUGAUAUUGAAAAACCUGCAUUACUCAGAGAGGUUGACGUCUUUGAUAUGCAAUUCAAAAAUAACUUGUACUUUGUUGAUACAGCUAAUUUGGAUUUGUAUAAGUUAAAAAACGAAAAAAAAGUAUUUGUAACAUCUAUUGAAGAGUAUGGGAUACAGCAUUUUACUUUCAAUGGUGAUGGGGAACUCAUACUAUCUAACUCUGUUGGGUUAUAUCAUAUGGGUAAAGAAGAUUAUGAGCCCGUUUGGUUUUCAAACUCAGUUGUAAAUAUUCGUGGUCUAGCUACUGAUGUGAUGGGAGUCCCGCAUGUGAUUGCUCAAGAUGGAAUAUAUUCGGUUGAUCAUAAGAAUGAAGCAGUUAUAAAAAUAUUGUCGCUGCAAGACGGUUAUGGCCUUGAUUUCGAUAAAGAUAAUAAUAUAGUUUACAUAUUUUGUGUUGUAUCGUUGGCAGCGGCCGGCAGAUCGCCUCAUGCUGACUAUGUAGAGGAAUUAGUCAGACAAAAUGCUUUCGGUGCCAGAAUAUCUGAUAAUAUUCUCGAAGAUGCUUCUCUUGAUGUGCCAGAUUUAGUAAGAAAGUAUAAUUACCCACUGGAAGAACAUUUCAUUAUGACACAAGAUGGGUAUAUCUUAGGCCUUCACCGUAUUCCACAUGGACGCGAUAGUAAUAAUGUACCUGGCAAUAAGCCUGUUGUCUUUGUGAUGCACGGCCUUUUAGGUUCCUCAGCUGACUGGGUACUAAUGGGACCUGGAACAGCGCUAGCUUAUAUUCUCGCUGAGGAAGGUUUUGAUGUGUGGCUAGGAAAUGCACGUGGUAACUACUAUUCAAGGCGCCAUUUGUACCUAAAUCCUGAUGCUGAAAAUGAUAAUAGUUUUUGGCGAUUCUCCUUGGAUGAAAUCGGCAAUUUAGAUUUAUCCGCAUCUAUUGAUUAUAUACUACUUGCCACAGGCAGACGUGGUUUGCAUUAUGUUGGAAUGUCACAGGGGACAACAGUUUACUUCAUUAUGGGUUCACUUCGACCAGACUAUAGCGAAAAGAUUUUAUCUAUGCAUGCUUUGGCACCGGUCGCUUAUCAAACGGAAAGCCGUGGUCCCUUGAUGGAUGCUCUAGCGCCAAUAGCUGCGGAUGCUGUGUCUUGGGCAACUUUAUUAGGUUUCGGCGAGAUGUUCCCUAAAAGUGAGUUGUUAGCAUGGGCUGGUCAAAACCUGUGUAGAGACGAAGCAGUAUUCCAACCUAUAUGCAGUAGCAUCUUCUUCCUAAUAGGCGGCUGGAAUAUAGACCAACAUAAUGCGACCAUGAUACCAGUAAUGUUGGCUCACACACCAGCAGGUGCGGGUUUAAGGCAAUUUGCUCACUUUGCUCAAAACGUAGCGACCAAAAGUUUUCGUCGCUAUGACCACGGGGUACUCCUUAACUUGGCAGCAUACGGUACAGCCGUUCCGCCAAGCUAUGAUCUAUCGAAAAUCACGAAUCCAGUAUUCCUGCAUUAUUCAGAAGGCGAUACUCGAGUUGCCCUGGUCGAUGUUGAUAUUUUAUAUAACGAGUUGGGUGGUCCCAAAGAGAAAAUUCUUGUAUCGCAGAAAACAUUCAGUCAUAUUGAUUUUAUGUGGGGAACGAACGCGAGGUAUUACGUUUUCGAUAGAGUAAUAAGCGACAUUAGAAUAAUUGAAAACUCAAAUAAAUAA